AUGGAAUCAAAUGGAACGCGCAAAGGUCCGCUGCCUGGAGGUCGCCAGGGCGCGUCUGGAGCUGGCGCUGGACGCGACAGCAUGCGAACCGCCAGCCGAGCGCGAGGUGCUGCACGACCACCCAGCAGCUCCUCGCAUCCAUCAUCCCCACCAGCUGGCUUGGUGUCGGCAGGGUCUUCGCGGGCUCAGCAAUCGGCACCCGCUACUGGUGGAGUACGCCGCAUGCGUUGGACAACCCAGAUGAACAGCAACGCAUUGCGGGCGUAUUUUAGGGCGAAAGGGGGAGAAACUGGAGGUUUUGCGUAUCGGGCAAGGAUGCAUCGACUUUUUGCUGAGCUGGAGCCAUCUGUAACCGUCACCGAGCAAAACCUGGCAGACCGAGUUCGGUAUAUCUUGCGCUCAAAUACAUUUGAUGUCACCGAACUCGAACGGCUACGACGUGAGGCUGUUCCUUCAUCGGGUGAAAAUGCUGCGGCUGAGGAUGCGGCGGCACAACUUGCCGAGCGAACGGCAAAUGUGGAUGCCGCCGUGAAUACGCCAGUUGUGGUUGAUUCAAACGAUGAUGGAACAGUCGCCCAGGAACUGGAACUAGAGCAAAUGAGGAGUACAUUGGAAGAGGCGAUUGUGGAAACGCGCAGUACGACUCUCGAAAAUCGACCGCGACUUCCCCGCUUAGCCCUAAGCAAGCGGAAUCGGGCUGUCGUGAGGGCUCUGAACCCAAUGCUGGUUACCUAUUUGGAAGCCAGCCGGGACCUUUGCGAGACGGACUCAAUUCUUUUUGGCGCCGCACUGGCAGUCUGCCGUAUUAUAGGUGCCAAACUUUCCACGGCUGGACGCGCUACUGGACAAAGUAGUGCUAUCCCAGCCUGGAGAAUAAGAAUUGAAGAACGUAUCGCAAAGGCUAGGGCCCUCAUCGGCAGACUGAUAUGCUUCAGGUCAGGCAAUACCAGGCCAAGGAUUGUGCGCACCGUCAGGAUGGCGUUUGCUGGGACAAAUGUUAGUUUGUCCCAGCCGGAUAUAAUGCAAAAACUGACGGAGCGCAUAGACGACCUGAAGCAAAGAAUAGCUGCUUGGGGAAAGCGGAAUCGGCGAUAUACCGAGAGGUCGACACGGUUCAACCAGAAUCGUCUCUUCCAGAGUGAUCCAGAAGUGGCUCUAUAA